AUGGAGACGUUUCCUUUCAAUUUGGUAAUUAUUUUAGUGUUGGGUCUUCUGUCAUGUUUGCAAUCAGCUGUUGGGAUUAGGAUUGUGAUCGACAGAGAAGAGUGCUUCUCCCAUCAGGUUCCAUAUGAAGGAGAUACUGUUCAUGUUUCAUUUGUUGUGAUCAAGUCUGACACUCCGUGGCAUUAUGGCAAUGAGGGUGUGGAUCUCGUGGUGAAAGAUCCCUCUGGCAAUCAAAUUUAUGAUUUUCGUGACAAGAUAAGUGAUAAAUUUGAAUUCAUAGUUCGGAAGAAAGGUCUUCAUCGCUUUUGCUUCACCAACAAGUCUCCAUAUCAUGAAACAAUAGAUUUUGAUGUUCAUGUUGGCCACUUCACAUAUAUGGAGCAACACGCAAAGGAUGAGCACUUCUCCCCUCUGCUCGAACAAAUCAACAAGUUAGAAGAAUCUCUCUACAACAUUCAGUUUGAGCAGCAUUGGCUAGAGGCUCAGACCGAACGUCAAGCACUUGUGAAUGAAGGGAUGAGCAGACGUGCAAUCCAUAAGGCGCUUUUUGAAUCUGCAGCACUGAUUGGAGCUAGUGUUCUGCAAGUCUAUCUCCUCCGGCGCCUUUUUGAGAGAAAGCUUGGAACCUCUAGGGUUUAGGCACACAGGACAGGAGCUUGCAUCUUUAUCUGAAUUCCUAGUCUUCUCCAAACCUCUUGACUUAGUUUUGUGGUUUCUCAUAGCAAAUGAGCAUCUUUCAAGGAAUAUGCACGUCUUGUUUGGCUUUUUUCAGUGCUUCCCUUGUAUAAUAACCAGGUACUUCAUGUAAUUUCUCUUUUGGUUGCUAAGUAAAUGAGAAGUUAGAUACUUGUCACCAGAAA